UAUACACAGAUAAAAAUAAAAACUAGGACAGUUUAUAUUUCAAUCAAUUAUUUCAACUCUCGGAGGAUAUUAAUUUUGUAACACGUUUACCAAUUAUUUUAGUUUAUGGUUUCGCAAAAGGAAAUUUUAAACAAGGCUGAAGAUGUUGCUGAUGAAAUUUUAAGACACACUAAACAUGUUCUGCCAUUUAUUGCUAGAUUUUGCCUUGUUAGUACGUUUGUGGAAGAUGGCUUUAGAAUGUGGUUUCAAUGGGGUGAACAAAGAGAUUAUAUGAGUUCUUCAUGGCAUUUUGGAUCCUUUUUUGGGUCAUGCUUUGUCAUCAUUAAUUUACUUGGACAAUUAGUUCCUUCAACCUUAAUUUUAAUCCAAAAAUACACUAAAGUGGCUGUUGGAAUACUUUUUGGAGUUGUAAUCUUACAGACAAUUGCUUACAAUAUAAUAUGGGAUCUCAGAUUUUUCCUAAGAAACGUUGCGGUGUGCGGAGGUCUGUGUCUAAUCCUUGCAGAAGAUCACGAUCGGGCCGAUAAUCAAACCCGUAAGAAGACUGUUUUUGCUGGCAUGCCUAGUGUUGGGGGCAACAAACCCAAAUCUUACUUUCAAUUGGCGGGACGAGUUCUACUUGCCACCAUGUUCGCCACCCUAACCAACGUGGUUUCCGUUUCCACAUCAUGGACGCCCGUCGCUGCUGCUAUGCUCAUGGGUGGAUCGGCUCUCAUGGUGCUCGUCGUAAUUGGAUUCAAGACAAAGUUAAGCGCCUUGGUAUUGGUGGCUUGGCUCUCUGCUCUCAACCUCUACGUCAACGAUUGGUGGAGUAAAGCCGCCAAUUCCUAUGUCCGCGAUUUUAUGAAAUACGAUUUUUUCCAAACCAUGUCAGUCGUAGGAGGCCUUUUACUGGUAGUAAGCCUUGGUCCAGGCGGGGUGAGUUUGGAUGAACACAAAAAACGGUGGUGAAAUAGCAAUUUUUAUUAAUAUAAUUACAUUCUUUAUUUGGGUUUGACGUUUCAAGGUCUUAUUUUUUAUAAUUAUGCAAUGUUUUUUUUAAAGCAAUUUGUUUAAUUAAAAAUUGGAUUCUUAUUUUAUAUUAUUAUAUCGAUUUUUAUAAAUGACCGAGUUUUAUUAAUUUUAAAUUCUUGAAUUUAAAUAAUUAACAUGACACAUAAUUUUUUUGUUCGUUGUGACCGUUUAAAUCGUAUUAUUUAAUUCCUAGUAAUAUAUUAUAUUAUCAUAUUUGUUAUAAUUUAUAUAAAAUAUUUUUUACCCAAAACCCGAUGUUAAAUUUUUUUCAUCAUUAUUAUCUUGUUGCUCAUUUGUUUUAACUCGAACCCAAUCAGAUUGUCAUUCAAGUUUGUAUUUUUAAUGUUUUAAAAGUUGCUUAAAAAAAAAUUUAAUGACCAACUUCUAAAAAAAUUUGUCAUACGAGACAAAAUCGAUUAAUAAAAAAACGUUUUAUUACCUUGUACACUGUAUAUUUUGUUUAUUGUACUAUAUUAUAUUAUUGUUAAUAUAUUCAUUAUAAUAUUUGUAUUUGCGAAAUAUUAGAAUUUUUAAAAAAAU